CAGCCACAGCUGUGACCUGGACUCCUCCGAUGAGCAAGCACUGACAGAAACAUUGGGCAAUGAAGGUUCAGAUGAGGAUGGAGAUGUGGAGAUGUCUGAAGCUGGGGCUGGAUCAAAUGCUCCACAUUUGAGGGAUGCCCAGUUGCAGUUGAUCCCAGCUCAUGCAAGUGGAGUGGCCAUGUAUGUAGAUCUUCAUGGCCAUGCCUCCAAGCGUGGCUGCUUCAUCUAUGGAAACUACUUUGAAGAUGAAGACACUCAGACUGUAUUGCUGAUAAUAUUUGACCAGGUUGAGAACAUGAUGUUUGCCAAGCUGGUGUCCCUCAAUACACCACACUUUGAUUUCACCGGCUGUAAUUUCUCAGAAAGAAAUAUGUACACUAAAGACAAACGAGAUGGAAUGUCUAAGGAAGGAAGUGGUCGUGUUGCCAUCUACAAAGCUACUGGGCUGAUGCGUAGUUAUACGCUUGAGUGCAACUACAACUCUGGCCGUGCUGCCAGCUACAUCCCUCCAGCACAUGGAGACGGUGGAUGUGUCACACCACCACCUCCUGUUGGAUACCCCACCAAGUACACGCCUGCUCACUUUGAAGAUGUGGGUAAAGCAGUUGCUAUAGCAACACUAGAUCUCACAGAGACAAAUCCUUGGUCACGGGUUCUAAACUGGGACCACACAAACCGGCAGAUACUUAGUGAGGCUGUGCGACGCUAUCUUCGAGGUUUGAGGGGUCAUUGUCGUACAGCCAAGAGCAGUUCUCAUCAAGUCAGCAGCAACAAACAUGCCAGUGCUCCAGUUGUGUCACAGACAAGACGAGCAAGUUGUGGUGAUUGUGGACCCAGUGCUGCGAUAACAAAAGGGCUGAAGCCUGUUCAAGAGGUGUCCACAAAACUGUACCCACGGCCAAAAAAACACAUCUGUGGUCCGCACUCAAAGAGAGAGCUUGGGCCAGUCCAAGAAAAUAACAGUACCAACAUACAGUCCAAUCCAUGCCGUGGUCAGCCAAGAUUCACUCACAGAACACAAGCCAUGCACCUGAACAAUCCACCUUUGACCAUCAACAUGGAUGCAGCUGGUCAUCUACCAAGUGGCCAGCUAGUUUCUACCCAAACCAGUCUGCACAGACAAGCCACUCGCCUUGCCUCCAUGCCUGACCAAUCUCACAGAACCAGAAUCCUCAGGCCUCAGGGAUCAAGAAACCUGCAGCCUCACAGACCAGGAAACCUGAAGCCUAGAGAGUGGUCUGCCUCCGGAAGGUCACCAGAGGGGCAAACUUUUCCACCGCCCAAGCAGCUUCAGCUGGUAAGCCAAGGAAAGCAGUCAUCGUCAUGGAGACACAUCACUGUCACAACAGCUAAGUCCCAGAUCCCAGUCCACGUUACUACUACUGGCCAUAACCUGGCUGUCAGCAGCAGACAACGGAAAACCUGGUCAGGGCCCAUAACAACCACCAGGAAUAGGAUCACUAGACGUGCACAUUCAGAUGGAGUCAUUGAUCGCGCAGUCACAAGCAACAUAAAUUUGGGAAUCAUUUCUCAACCUCCUCCAACAGACAGGUGUGAUAAUCUUGAGCAGCCUAUAGAGAAAUCUUCACGACUCAGGUGU